CCCACUCACCCAGUACUACAAGUUCUCUAGUCUCAAAACAUAAAAAUACUAAAAAUAUUCCGGUCGGAAAAAAAAACUCAUCUCAACUGUCUUUCUCAUUUCAUUUCCCUCUGCUAGUGCUCGUCUACACGCUUUCCAAGCUUUGAAAACCUUCGUCCAAAAAUCCCAAAAAGCAAAUCAAUCAGUAUUUUGAAUAGUUAAAGUGAAAGAAGAAAUGGGAUCUGGAAACGAGGUUGUGGAAAUCGAUAGCUUGGAGAGAGGUUUGUUGUUGUCAACUCCUACUAGUUCUCAGAUUCAUGUGGGAGCCGAAGCCGAAGCUGAAGAGGAAACGGUGUUGUACGCGGCGUCGUUUGAGGAGAUGGAAGAGAAUUACGUGAAGUACCAGACGGCUCAGUGGGUUCUGUACUCGGUGCUUUUGAUACUGGCUUGGGGAAUCGGAUUGUUCAUGCUUCUUUAUGUUCCAGUUCGCAGAUACAUACUCCGCAAAGACAUUCGCUCCAGAAAGCUCUUUCUCACUCCGAAUUCCAUUGUUUACAAGGUUACGAAGCCAGUGCCAUUUCCAUGCUUUGGAGUGUUGAAGAAAGAGAAGCAUGUCUUGUUGCCUUCAGUUUCUGACCUUGUAAUUGAACAAGGAUAUAUGCAAUCCCUCUUUGGUGUCUACUCUCUUAGAAUUGAAAAUGUUGGUGUAAGAAGGCCCCCAAGUGAUGAUGUUCAAAUACAGGGUAUUGCAAAUCCACGAGCUUUCAGGAAGGCUGUUCUAAUGCGUCUUGCAAAUAUGAGAAGUGAGGGUUUCUCUCGACAAGUUUCCACAAUUGAAGAUGUUCCAAAUUUUAGACUGGUUUCCCCAUCAAAAUCUCUCAGGCAUGAUUCCAUUCCACAAUCUGGGGACCUAAUACUACUACAAAAACUAGAGGAGGUUGGAAGUUCUGUGAAGAGAGUUCAAACUUUAAUUGAGGAGCAACAGUCUCAAACAUCAGAACCUGUAGAUUGAGCUGUUAAUCCAAAAUGGAAAACAUGAGAAAACCAAAGUCCGAAGUUGACAUAGUUCUUGAUCUGCAAUGCAGGCUAGCUACAAAGUUAUACAUAUUAUCGUAUCGUGCCUUUUAAACUGAGAACCAACUCGUUUUGGUAUUUACUGUCUGAGCUGCCAUUUUAAGGAGUGAUAUUUUAGAUACUACAGAGCUAAAUUACAAUUGAAUUCUAUUUGUUUCCAUGUGUAUGUUGGUGGGCAAGGUGUGCAAUUGUUGGUCAUUUCAUUUAGUUUGUAAUUUAUCAUGUGACAGGCAGAAAAGUUUACGUUUUCCAUGUAUACAUCUUGAUUAUCCCUCUCCAGUCUCUAUGUUCUGUUGUUAUAAGGUGUAACUAAUUCUUUGUAUCAUGUAUACUUGUUACAAACCCCUGUAGAUUGUCUUCAACUUUUCAUGUCUGAUUUUGAUGUUCUGUAUUUUGUUGCGUUCAAUUCUACCGAUCAAAAGGAAUGUUGCAGCAAUUAUUUUUCUA